UGUGACGACAGAGCCACCAUGGGUCGCACAGAAAUAACCUGCAGUUGGAAGAAAGUCACCAACAACAUCAGAGAUGUGUUCGAAUUCAAACAAGCGCUGGGAUCGGGUUCGUUCUCCGAGGUGUAUUUGGUGAGAGAAAAGAAGACUGGAAACCUCUACGCCCUAAAGUGUCUGAAGAAAAAACACCUCAGCUGUAGUAAACUAGAGAACGAGAUCACUGUGCUGAAGAAGAUAAGGCAUGACAAUGUGAUUGGAUUGGAAGACUUCUAUGAAACUCGGACACACUACUACCUUGUCAUGCAGCUGGUGUCUGGUGGGGAGCUGUUUGACCGUAUCAUAGAUCGGGGGGUGUACACGGAGAAGGAUGCCAGCCAGCUGGUCCACCAAGUACUGGAGGCUGUCAACUACCUUCAUGAGAACAGCAUAGUGCACAGGGAUCUCAAGCCAGAGAACCUGCUAUACUUCAACUCAGAUGAGAACUCCAAGAUCAUGAUCAGUGACUUCGGCCUGUCCAAGAUGUCCGACCACGGAGUGAUGUCCACGGCCUGCGGCACGCCAGGAUAUGUUGCCCCUGAAGUUCUGGCUCAGAAACCCUACAAUAAGGCAGUGGACUGCUGGUCCAUAGGAGUCAUCACAUACAUCCUGCUGUGCGGCUACCCUCCGUUCUUUGAGGACAACGAGACACGUCUGUUCUCUAAGAUCAUGAGGGCCGACUACGCUUUCCACUCGCCCUUCUGGGAUAACAUCUCAGAGUCAGCAAAGGACUUCAUCCGGAACAUGAUGCAGAAGCACCCUAAGAAACGCUUCAGCACAGAACAGGCCCUCAGACACCCCUGGAUCAUUGGGAAGACUGCGAGGGAUCAGGACAUCUAUGAAUCAGUCAGCAUGCAGAUCCAGAGGAACUUUGCCAAGUCCAAAUGGAGGCAAGCCUUCAACGCCACAGCAGCCAUCAACCACAUGAAGAAGCUGCAGUUGGCCCACGCCGACCCCGACGCCCCUCUCCCUCCUAUCCCCGCCAUCAACCCCUGCAACUCCCAGAAUCCUCAGCAGGGCGUCAACAACAUCACCGCCAAGGACGUCGACACUAACCUCCCAAUCCCAGUGUGUCACGUGACCCCUCCAGAGGCGCAGUGCCGGGGCCUGCGAGCCAGUCAUAGUGAGCCCAGGCACGCGCCGGUCGUUAUGGAGACGUGUAACGCGGAGAAUUGCUCCUCAUUCGCAGCAGCUAAAAGCUGUGAUACCAUUGACAGGGCGACCAAUAGGAAUGGGCACACCGUGCAGACUGGGGUGUGUUCUGUUAUGUGAUUGAUUGACCUAAGGAUCAAUUCAAUGGCUUAAAGUGCUUCUGCAGUGUUGCAGUCAAGAGGUUGGAGCCACUCUACAGUUGUCAGCUGUCUCCUGCUGGUUCAGGAGUAGUUUCUCUGUAGUGCCCAGAGGCCCAUAGCAAGGGCCUGAACCUUAUCCAGAGAACACAGGAAGUCCUGGGAUUCAUACCCAACUACAAUGUAGUACAUUUACACUCACACAAAUGUUGAUUUCUUUGACCCAAUGUGUACAUUCUGUACUUCUAUCUCAACAAAAAAUAUAUACAUUUGAAGUAUACAAAGACAUACUGUAUUUGCAAUGUAUAAUUGUCUAUGAAUAAUGCUUAUUGACCUAUGGAAAACAAUAUUUAAUUUUUGAAUAUUUGUUUCUGAUAGCUGCGACGGCUAGAUUGUAACUCGUUAAUUAAAUUGGCUUUGGCUACUAUGUGUUGCUGUCUGAACUAAAUUAAACUGUUCUUCUUUCACUCACAUCUGUUCCUACCAAUGGGUCUGGAGAAACCAGAGUCCUAUGGCUCUGAAGAAAAUGUAUAGAUAAACUUUACAAUGAAACCAUUUUACCAGGUUAUGAAUACUGUGUGACAUCUAUUCAAGGAGAAGGGCUUUGAGAUGUCGUUGUCAAGUGUUAAAUCGAAGAUAUGUAUUUUUAUAGUGUGAAUUAUUUGUAUCUUUUAUCAUCCUAAAUGUAAGGAUUUUGACUUAUGAAUCUUACCGACAGGUUUGAAUGUCGUUGACCCGUUGUUUGAAUCCUAACACCCAUGUCAUAACAAUGACUUUGGGGUGAGGAGGGUUUGGAGGGCUGACGUUUCUCUGUAAGAGAAGAUGGUUAUUACUGUGCUUAAAGUGGUCCUGUGUAACACUAACACCACUUUAUGUACAGAGAUGAUAACAUGUGCCACUUUUAUGCCAUAAGCUGCUGUAGAGAUCCUCUUGUAGUGCCGAUGCCAUUGUAACUGUUUGACUGGAGAUGCUAUAACCACAAGCGCUAUACUUUGUUUUGUUUCUUAAUAAAACAUUAAU